AUGAACGUAGCGCAGCCCGGCGGUCCGGCUCCCCGGGACGGCCGGCAGCCGAGGCCAAGCGCCGCGGGGGCAGCGGCCGCGUACCCCAGCGCCUGCGGGGGGGACGCGGCGCUGGCCGUGGUGCCCGGCGCCAGGAAGGCGUCGUCCCCUCGACUGGGGUACGGGACCUGCGGGGCCCCGCGGCACAGCCCCGGCGGAAAGGAGAGAGCGAAGUACCCCAGGUCCAUGACCCGCGGGGCAACACCGCGCCCCGCCGGGGCAAUAUGCCCUAAUAUAUGCCCUGGAGCGGGGCGGCACGUCCCGCCCCGCGGCCAAUGGGAGCCGGGAGGGGCGAGCCCCCGCCGGGGGUCCCGGGCGCCGCCAGCUCCCCUGUCCGGCGGGCAGAACCUCCGCGCACCCGGAUUCCCCCGGCACAGGCCGUUCCCGAUGGACUCGACGGAGUCGCCGCACGCUCGGGACGUUUGCCGGGAGUUUGGAAGAAUGGCAGGAAGCAAUAAUGAAGGUGAAAGAGGUGAAAUCUGGACUCCCAAAGCGAUCAUCUUUCCCUAAAUGUCUCCAAGUGACACUUGACCAUCCAGUCUGAGCCACGCUGAUGUUUGAUUUGGAUAAUGAUGGGUUUCAUCCAAUGCCUCAGCAGAUAACCACAUGUAAAUGCAGUUCAGAGCAGCAGAAGGGUGUGCUGGGCAGAGUACACCCGGGCUUCGGUGACUUGGGACUGGACACACAAGGAACACAAAGAUGCUGCUUUGAUAGACUUGCAACUUUCUAAUUCUUAGUAGGUGGAUGUGGAGUCAGCUGGGAAAUGCAAGGGUUGUACUUUAUUAAAAAAUAUAUUUUAUUUCUAAAUAAAAGCAUGAAAUUUA